AUGGCCAGCAAUCCAUCAGAAGAGCCGAAUCGGCAGCCCGACGAUAUCCCCAGCCCUCCAGUCGCAGCAAACACACCUCCAUUGGACGAGAGUAACUUGGAGGUUGAUGAUGACUUAGAUGCUAAUGAUUCGCUUCACAAUUCCAUUGGGGCCAGCAGUUAUCUUUCCUCUCUCCAAUCGAACAUAUAUAACUACAGAUUUGAAAAUGGACGUCGCUAUCAUGCUUUCCGCGAGGGCACCUAUCUUGUCCCCAACGACGACGAAGAGCAAGAUCGAAUGGAUCUUGUUCAUCACAUAUACAGCUUGAUUCUCGAUGAAAAGCUUCACCUUGCCCCGAUUAAUAAAAAUCCCCAGCGUGUACUCGAUCUCGGUACAGGGACUGGCAUUUGGGCGAUAGAUUUUGCAGAUGAGCAUCCUUCAGCCGAGGUUAUCGGGAACGAUCUCAGUCCCAUACAACCUGAAUGGAACCCACCGAACUGUACAUUCGAGGUUGAUGACUACGAGGACGAAUGGGUAUACCGGAAGGAAUUCGACUUCAUCCAUGCACGCGAGCUAGAAGCAUGUGUAGGUGACGAAGAUCUGUUGUUACAGCGAGCCUUCCGACACACGCGUUCAGACGGCUAUAUCGAGUUGCAGGGCGUCGCUGCGCGCUUUGAGUCAGAUGAUGAAACGAUUAAACAAGCGCCUAAUGCUCAACUUUGGAUGAAGAGUCUGAUUGAGGCUUGUGCGAAAUUCGGCAAGCCUGUAGACUGCGCAGACAAAUGGAGAGCCCGGUUGCAAAGGGCAGGGUUUGUCGAUGUUCAUGAAGAAAUUCGCAAGUUGCCUAUCGGAGCCUGGCCCAAAGAUUCAAAGCUCAAGGAGCUUGGUAGAUACCAAGCAAUCCAAGAGCUUAAGGUCAUUGACUCCUACACGCCUAAGCUUUUCGAGCACGUCCUUGGUUGGAACGAACAAGAGAUCCAGGUGUUAAUGGCACAGGUCAAGAAGGAGCUAAGAAAUCCUUCUGUUCAUCUUUAUCUCCCUGUUUACAUUGUCUGGGGAAGGAAGCCUUGA